GCUGAUUGACCACAAUAAAGAAGUUUGCUCAUUCUCAUCCAGGUCUGAGGAGUUUUCUCAGUGUUUUUUGUAGUAAUUAUAGAGUUAUCAGUUAAGUCUAACUAAAACAGUCUUUAAUAACCAAAACGUCUAAGAGAGGAGGACACCCUGCGAUGUGUCGACUUGGAGACGGGCUCUGAGUUACGACAGCUCCAUAAAAGAUCAUAUAAUAUUAAUAUCUCAAAAACUGAAUGAGCAUAAAGCGUUUAUUUUGCGUGCACAAAUGAUGCACGAAUGAAUUUAUAUCAUUUUGAGGAUUGAGGAUAUGAGGAUUGUUUUGUUAGUCUCUGAUCAGUAAAAACAUCAAAUUAAAGAAAUGUAUAUGUUGUUUACAGUACAUUGCAUGACUUUGGGUGCAUGGGUUUUAUGAUGAGACGGAAAGAAAGCUAGACUUUGAACGUGCGUGCACGGGCGGCCGUGUGUGUGCACGCGUGUGUGUGUGUGUGUGUGUGUGUGUGUGUGUGUGUGUGUGUGUGUGUGUGUGUGUGUGUGUGUGUGUGUGUGUGUGUGUGGUAUUUUGCUAAAUGACACACGCUUCUGAGGUUCAUCUACACCAGGUGUUAUAUAGUUGUUGGCUCUCAUCCUUUGUCUGGUUGACUUCUUUUCACACUGCGUUUUUCUCACUGCUCUUUGACUCAAACUGAUCCUCUCGUUACUACUACAUUCCUUUAUGUUAGUGUCAACACUUUUCUACAAAAGUUUUCUACAUGCUGACAUUUUCCUUAUUUUUAUGCUUGAUUCAUAGUUGUUCUGGUGGUUUAAGUGGUUUGUCUGUGUGCUUCCUCUUCACUUCAUUUGCUGCUUUAGGUUUUCAGCAGGGUUUCACAUGAACCUUCUUAGAUAACUCGACUCUCACAAACUAGCACAGACAUUUCACACACCGAUAUUUUCGGUGAUGUAGGUGAGAAACUCUCUUGUACUUUUCUCUGGAACUUUCAAAAGGUCCUCGCAUUUUGGGUGAACUACUUCACAGGGAAAAUGGACUACUUACUCAACAGGAGUUUUCUGCUGUUGCUCACAGUGGCAGCCGGAAUUAAUCCAGGGACACUUAUUAAACCUAAGGUUCCCACGAUGGUUACUGCCUGUUUAGGAUCAAACCCAACCAUCAACUGUACUUUUUACUCAGACAUUAAUGGACUCAAAGUAAAAUGGUAUUUUAGCAAUACUUCUGACUUUAAGGACCAAAAAAAGAUAGAAAUCCACUCAUCCAAUGCUUCCAAUGUGAGUCGUUACCAUGAAGCCAAAGAAAGGACUGCUUCAUAUUUGACGAUUAGAAAUGUUACGUUCAGUGACAUGGGAUGGUAUUUUUGUAAUGUCAUACAGGAUAUUCCUCAACUCAUCACUGAACAAAGCAAUGGAUCUAAACUGGUGAUCUAUUCACCCACAGAGUGUAAUCUGGAGUUCAAUACAACAACUUGUGGGAUGUUUUUGCCUCAGAGCCCAAGUCCAACAUCCAAAAUUGAUUCACCCCCAGUCAGUAAUCCGGAGGGCAAUACAACAAUUUGUGCCCCUGAAACUCUAAAACCUUCCACUUGGUGGCUGUGGGUAGCUUUGGCAUCGGGUGGGGUUUUGAUUAUAACAACUGUGAUCAUCACAACGUUCAUACGUAGGAGGAAAAAAGAGUCUCCUAUUUAUGAGAACACAAAAGAUGCCCCGAAGAGACGCUGGAAAGAAGAUCAGUCCCUUCAACACUGCAUGCCAUCAAAAGGAUAUACAAAUAAACAAACAGAUACUUUGAAACUACAUAAAUAUGAAUCCUGUCCCAAAGGUAGACAACCGAGCCCAAAAUGUAGAUGAUGGAUCUGGAUUAUAAAUCUGAUUAGUCCAGCUUUAUUUUGUCAAUCAGCCGUUCAGCUGUAAUUCUGUUAGUGGGGUGAGGAUCAUUGUUCUGUUGCAUGAACCACUAUAAGAGAUGACCUCACAUUUGCCUCCAGAAUGAUUUGGCAUAAUGAGACGCUCCAUGUUUAGUCAUUUGUCCAAAAACUCUCUCUACUGGCUAUUCUUCCAGAGGAUAUCCAGAAUUGGUCAUUUUUUCAGUAAUUUCAGUCAUUUAAUAGAACAUUUAAUAUUUUAACCUGUCCUGCAGAUCCCUUGAUGACUCUUGGGUUCUUUGCAGUGUUUCUGAUCAAACUUUUCUGACAUUGGGGUGAAUUUGCUGGACCAUACACUAUCUGGAAGACUGGCAGAAGACUUGAAUGACCUCCUUAGUUAUCCGUCUCACUGUAUGACGAUGGGUUUGAAUGACCCUUAGGUCUUAUAAGGAAACAUUUGACAUAUGGUGUUGAUAUACUUUUAUAAAAGUGGCCACAUUUAUCCAAUGAUCAGCAGUUCAGGUACAUUAGUUUAGUUUAGCUAGCUUCUGGCUGCAAAUGACUGUUAAUUGCCCUGAAAGCUGUAAGAGUAAAUGAUAUGGUCUGAUAUUUUUAUUUUUAAGUACUGUAUAUAAUGACAGUGGAUUGUGGUGUUUAUCAGCUGAUGUUAGAUUUAUUCAUUUUUAGGACCUGAUGAUGUUUUAUCAUGUUUGAAUACAUAAAACAGCUGAGUAAAAAAAAAGGGGUAAAAAGGGUGUACUUACUUUUUCUCAUCACUGAAAAUGCAUGAAAAAAAAAACAAUACACAAUCAACACGUACACAAUACUGUAUAUUAUUCCCUAUUUGUGUAACGAUCAGCCAUAAAAAAUAAACAUUUAUUAUUAUAUUGUGAA